GUUUUUAGAGAGCGGCGCCGUUUCAGACUGGAAUGGAAGCUGGCGAUUUCCCCCAUAUUUUGAUAGUUUAAUCCGUGAAUGGCGCCGAAACAGGACCCGAAGCCUAAAUUUCAAGAAGGUGAAAGAGUGCUGUGUUUUCAUGGGCCAUUGCUCUACGAAGCUAAGUGUGUUAAGAUAAACAUCAAGGAAAAACAAAUAAAAUACUUUAUUCAUUACAGUGGGUGGAAUAAGAACUGGGACGAAUGGGUUCCUGAAAGCAGAGUUCUGAAGUAUGUGGACAGUAAUCUGCAGAAACAAAAAGAGCUUCAGAGGGCCAAUCAAGACCAUUAUGUAGAAGGAAGAAUGAGGGGUGCUGCACCGAAUAAGAAGUUGCCUGCUCCACCGCAGAAAAAUGAAGUGAAAACCAAAAAGAACAAACUGAAGACUCCUGGACCAGGAGAAGGGACAAGUUCAGGAGGAGACCCGACACACCCUCCGCGGAAGAAAAGGGCACGUGUUGACCCAACAGUUGAAAGUGAGGAGACCUUUAUUAAUCGAGUGGAGGUUAAAGUAAAAAUCCCAGAGGAGCUUAAACCGUGGCUUGUGGAUGACUGGGACCUGAUUACGCGUCAAAAACAGCUUUUCCAUUUACCUGCCAAAAAAAAUGUUGACACAGUCCUUGAAGAUUAUGCAAACUACAAGAAAUCUAGAGGAAACUCUGACAGCAAGGAGUUUGCUGUGAAUGAGGUGGUUGCUGGUAUCCGGGAGUAUUUCAACGUUAUGCUGGGGACACAACUCCUCUACAAAUUUGAGAGACCGCAGUACGCAGACAUCCUGGCCAACCACCCAGAUACAUCCAUUUCUCAGAUCUACGGCGCUCCACAUCUACUCAGACUCUUUGUGAGAAUCGGAGCUAUGCUGGCGUACACUCCGCUGGACGAGAAGAGCCUUGCACUCCUGCUCAGUUAUCUGCAAGACUUCCUCAAGUAUCUUGUAAAGAACUCUGCAUCACUAUUCAAUGCAAGUGACUAUGAAGUUGCCCCUCCAGAGUACCACCGCAAGGCAGUUUAAGGGUUUUCAAUUUUCAAGUGUCUCGAUGUUUGGAGACGACAUUCUUACCUGUGGAAAGGAUGCGAUUUCACAAACGGCCCUUUUUGGAGAGCGGAUAGUGCGAGAUCUGUUGAUUUAUUAAGGAAGGAUCAGAGCAAGAUGUCACACUAAUCCCUGGACAAAUUAAAUUUUCUUUCAUGUGGAAAGCUGCUGAGUACGCUCUUCCUCUAUUGGUAUGUUUUUCAGUACCACAUUUGAGUUUCUAUGAUGCUUGUUUUGCCUGGUGUUUUCCAAGAUCUGUUGAUUUUGUUUUCUGUUCAGAUGCUGGCUAAAUUUGUCUCUUUGGCUGUCAUCGUUUUUCUAAUAAAAAAUCUUUCACUCUC